AUGCGCCAGAAGUUACAAUUGCUAAGACUACAGCAUAAUACUGUAUUCAGCAGGAGCAUUUGCUGGACAAUCACCCUUAUAUGUUAUUUGGCGACUGCUAUCUAUGUGAUACAUCUUCGAAGUCUACAACAUACAGUCACUGCUGUACCGACUUCUAAACUCUUGCUAACAAACUACGUCGCAAGCAUUGCCUCUGCAAUGAAAGUGAACGGCAUAGCCUGUAAAGAUUUGUUCAGCAGUUCCCAUAACGUUGUUAAUAAACUUAAUGCUUCUCAACGACAUAUUGGAACUCCUAUAACAGAUAUAGAGUACGUGGAUUUGGCUUCUAAAUGCAGCAGAUUCCAAAAAACACGGGGAUAUAUUAUGUUGUCAUUGACGGAAGAAGAGGAGGAGUUUCCUUUGGCGUAUUCUUUGCUCGUUUACAAAGACCUGGAGAUGGUUGAGCGUCUACUAAGAGCCAUAUAUCGUCCUCAGAAUUACUACUGUGUCCAUGUAGAUCAGAAAUCAACAGUUGAGUUUUAUAGUGGAAUGUCAGCUAUCGUUAGCUGCUUUCCCAAUGUGUUCUUGACUUCCGUCAGAAUCUCUGUUCGGUGGGGUACGUUUAGUGUUCUUGAGCCCGAACUGCUGUGUAUGAAAGAAUUGUGGAGGUAUCCCAAAUGGAAAUACUUCAUUAACUUAACGGGUCAAGAGUUCGCGCUGAAAACCAAUUUUGAACUUGUGAGGAUUCUGAAAGCGUUCAAUGGUGCCAUCGAUGUGUCAACGUGGAGGAAAAGAAUCAAUUUCGAUAGAUGGAACAACACCACUCCACCUUUUGGUAUAAAACCUAUGAAAGGUCCUGUUCAUAUUGUGGUCCACAGGGAGUUCGUGAAUUAUGUACUUAACAACUCAACAGCUGCUGCACUGUUGAAGUGGACGAAAUCCACAAAAGUUCCGGAUGAGACCUUCUUUGCUACCCUUAAUGCCAACCCUCAACUUGGAAUCAAAGGCACAUAUUUAGAACCAGAAAUGACCGUUAAUCGACCAUACAUUGCACGCUGCAAAAUACGCAAGUGGAUGGCGAACGAAACAUGUGCUGGCAGAUAUGUUCGUGGAGUUUGCAUUCUUUCUACAGGUGAUCUGCCCAGAUUAGGGAAAGCUCGAGAGAUGUUCGCCAACAAGUUUUUCUUGAACGAAGAUCGACUGGUCAUUGGUUGUCUAGAAGAGAAGUUAUUUAACGAUACUAGGGAUGAAUUUAUUGGAACAAAAUAUGUUGACACAUCAUAUUAUUCUCAACUGGACUUUGUGAAAAACCAAGUGACUUAG